CACUUUUCAAACCUCAACUGUAAGAAGCGUCCGCCGGUCGGUCGGGUCGGGUCGGGUCGGGUCGGUCGGUCGGUCGGCGUCUGUGCGGUCGCCGCCGGGAGUCGCCUCACCCCAGGGGCCUGGCUGACGGCGACCAGCCGCUGUGGGGGGAAGCGUGUAGCGAGCGAGGUAACAGAAGUGCGUGCCCAGAGAAGCAGACCUGGCGGGCAUCAAACAUGUCCCGGAGAAGAUUCGAUUGCCGGAGUAUCUCAGGCUUGAUAACUACAACUCCUCAAACGCCAAUGAAGAUGGAGAAUUUUAAUAAUUUCUAUACACUUACAUCCAAAGAACUGGGGCGAGGAAAAUUUGCUGUGGUUAGACAAUGUAUAUCAAAAUCUACUGGCCAAGAGUAUGCUGCAAAAUUUCUGAAAAAGAGGCGAAGAGGCCAGGAUUGCCGGGCAGAGAUUCUGCAUGAGAUAGCUGUGCUGGAACUGGCCAGGGCCUGUCCCCACGUGAUCAAUCUACAUGAGGUCUACGAAAAUGCAACGGAAAUCAUUUUGGUGUUAGAAUAUGCUGCAGGUGGAGAAAUUUUCAACCUGUGUUUACCUGAGUUGGCUGAAAUGGUAUCUGAAAAUGAUGUUAUCAGACUCAUUAAACAAAUUCUUGAAGGAGUUUAUUAUCUACAUCAGAAUAACAUUGUUCACCUUGAUCUAAAGCCACAGAAUAUACUAUUGAGCAGUAUAUACCCGCUUGGGGACAUAAAAAUUGUAGAUUUUGGAAUGUCUCGAAAAAUUGGGAAUGCAUGUGAGCUUCGGGAAAUCAUGGGAACACCUGAAUACUUAGCUCCAGAAAUCCUCAACUAUGAUCCUAUCACCACAGCAACAGAUAUGUGGAAUAUUGGCAUAAUAGCAUAUAUGUUGUUAACUCAUACAUCGCCGUUUGUAGGAGAAGAUAAUCAAGAAACAUACCUGAAUAUUUCUCAAGUUAAUGUAGAUUAUUCAGAAGAAACUUUCUCAUCCGUUUCACAACUGGCCACAGACUUCAUCCAGAGCCUUCUAGUAAAGAAUCCAGAGAGAAGACCAACAGCAGAAUCCUGCCUUUCUCAUUCUUGGCUCCAGCAGUGGGACUUGGGAAGCUUGGUUCACCCUGAGGAAACUUCAGGGUCCUCUCACAUUCAGGAUCAUCCCUUCAGGUCCUCCGAAGACAAGACCCCCAAGUCCUCCUGUAAUGGGAGCUGUGGAGACCGGGAGGACAAGGAGAAUAUCCCUGAGGACAGCAGCAUGGUUUCUAAAAGAUUUCGCUUUGAUGACUCCUUGCCCAGCCCCCAUGAACUUGUUCCAGAUUUGAUGUGUUAGCACUUUUCUGUGACUCAUCUGGACUGACUUGGAAAUUUGAAAUCUUCUCUGGUGUGAGAUUGUGUUUUUAGCCUUAUAUAUGAUACGUUUAUAUUACAAAUGCACUUUUGCUUAGAAGAACUUGGGGAACAGUUUAAAUGCUAGGUCUAUUUACCAGCAUAUCAUUUUCUGUCCUGAAAUUGUUUUAGAGAAAAUAUUUAAAUAUAUGACAAAAUUGUAUAUUGUGCACAUGACUUCACAUGCAACUGAAAGAAUUCAAGUGCAGUUGAACUUAUAAAAUGUUUUACAUAUCAAGAAAAACAUGGGUUAUAUUAUGGUUAGUGAAGAUUGAACAAAAUGAAAACAUUGGAAUAUAGUAGGUUCUCCCUAAAGUGAACCCUAUGCCAUGACUCUGUUGACAAAAUUUGUUUGGGGAAACAAUGCCAAGUAUAAAUUACAUUGUGUACUGAGAUAUUAUUAUUAUUAAUACUCCAGAGACACAAUUGAAAAAUGCUGCCCAGUUACCAAUAACUUGAAACUAUGUAAGAUUUCCUUUGUGUGCAAUAUGUUCUGUGAGAGGUCCUGUCAACCAGAGCAGAGAGGAAGCAAGGCUGACCCAAGCUGUUUCUCUGUACAUUAAAUCAAAGCAUGGCAUCAUUUCCCAACUCAGAUGUAUUUUCACAUUCAUACAUCAGAUCUAAUAAGGUCUGGAAGAUGGAUGCACAUGGUAUGCAAAUAAAAGAGGUCCUUCUCAUCCUCUAGAAUUACUAGAGUAAAGGAGAAUUGGAUAAAACCAAAUGUGUUCUAAUUUCAGUCAGUUAGACAUAUUCAUAAAGGGAAAUGCUAAGUCCAGGCAGCUUACUUAGUGUUGGGUAUCUCUAAGUCUGAGAAUGCAAGCCUGUCAUUUAAAGUCAUCCACGCAAGUACCAGAGCAUUGGUAGACCUGUUAACACCAGAGUCCUUAGUAGGUAACAUAAAACAUGAUGGCUUAGACACUUCUGGAGUUCUUAUGUCAAAUUCUUCAUGAGUGUGGAGGCUUGGUAUCUUCAGGGUCCGUGUGUGUGUGUGUGUGUGUGUGUGUGUAGUGUAUGUAUGUGUGGUGUUCUUCUGGAAAGAACACAAAUGAGAGUCUAGUGUUGAGUCAGUGGUCAGUAAUUACGUUCAGUCCUGAUGGGAAGAGGCUUGGGGAAUGUUCUGGUGAUUUCACAUUUGUGUCCAUUAAAAGGUCUAUAAUAAUGUCGUGUUAAGAUAACUGGUCAAAUGAAUAUUCUACUCUAUUAAACUCCAUUCCCUCCAAAAAAAAAAGAAAACUAAAAAAAAAGCCUGUGUAUUUCCACUUGAAGUGGGUUUAGUCUAACAACCUGUAAAUUUUUGAAAUUGUUAAUAAAUUCUGAAUUCUUUAGAUAACUUUUCACUAUUUUCAAUGAGCAUCGGGUGUUUGUUUGACUAAACAUUGCACUCUUUUAUCUUUGUCAUUUUUAAAGGAAAAGUUGUCCUUUGUAUAUGUGU